UUUAGGCUCCUGAGACAAGAAACGCAAAGCGCAGAGCGAAACAAAGAAAGAGAGAGAAAGAAGGCGAUUUUCCUUUGAAAAUUCACUGAAUCCGGAAACUCUAGAGGGCGAUAAGGAGAUCUCAGCCAUCAAUGGAGGAAGCCAAACCAGUGGUCGUUCCACAGCAACCCAAAGGUGGUGAUGCACUCAGAAGGGACAGGCGAGUUCUUCAGGACAUUGGCAAUCGCCCCAUUACUAGGAGUUUUCAUGCACAACUGAUAGCAAAGGGACAAGAAAAAGGAGUUAACGAUGUGAACCCUGUGGUCCUGCCAGUAUUUGAUGAUAAGCUAGCUCUCAAUCGAAAGCGUGUUCCUGCCAAGAAGGUAGUUCCCAGGAAGGAAAUUGACAAGCCAAAAUCUGAUGCUGUGGUUGUUAUUAGUUCUGAUGAAGGAGAAGAAAAGAAGAAGCCUGUGAAUCAAUGCAAGCCAGAAGAAGGGCGGAAGGAAGUCAAGACACUGACUUCGAUCCUCACAGCUCGAAGCAAGGCUAUGGCUCUUGGAGUGAACAUCAAGCCAAAGGCAAAGAUUGUUGAAAUCGAUUCAGCUGAUGUCAAUGAUGAAUUAGCAGUGGUGGAAUACAUUGAUGAUUUAUACAAGUUCUACAAGCUCACUGAAGAUGAUAGCCGUGUUCAUGACUACAUGGAUUCUCAACCAGACAUAAAUACAAAGAUGAGAUCAAUCCUCAUAGACUGGUUGAUAGAUGUUCACAGGAAAUUUGAACUGAUGCCUGAAACCUUCUACCUGACUGUGAACAUAAUUGAUCGCUACCUUUCGAAGAAGAUUAUUUCUAGGAGGGAACUUCAGCUAAUUGGUAUUAGUUCUAUGGUUAUAGCAUCCAAAUAUGAGGAAAUAUGGGCUCCACAGGUCAAUGACUUUGUUUGCUUAUCAGACUACGCAUACACCAGCGAUCAGAUACUACGCAUGGAGAAAGCAAUCCUGGGGAAGCUGGAGUGGUAUUUGACAGUUCCCACCCCUUAUGUCUUCCUGUCUCGAUACAUCAAAGCUUCUGUUUCGCCUGAUGAGGAGACGAAGAACAUGGUUUUCUUUCUAGCUGAGCUCGGAAUCCUACAUUAUCCGACUAUCAUUCUGUACUCCCCAUCUAUGAUAUCUGCUGCCGCCGUCUAUGCUGCGCGUUAUACUCUCAAUAAGAAUCCUUUCUGGACUGAAACUUUGAAGCACCACACUGGCUAUUCUGAAGACCAGUUGAGGGACUGUGCCAAGCUCUUGGUCGGCCUUCACUUGAAUGCAGCGGAAAGUAAACUUCAAGCAGUUUACAGGAAAUUCUCAAGGGCGGAUUAUGGUGCUGUUGCUCUUUCCGUUCCAGCCAAAAGUUUUCAGCCAUCUUCAUGAAGUGUUGCUUCUGAGUCUGUUUACUUUUUGUAGACGAAGAUUUUCAAAACCGUGUAUUGUUCUACAAUACCAAGUGUCUUUCGGCAUUUAUCUUUAGUCCUGUAUAUCAUCAGUUUUCCGAUUUGUCGUUGUUGUUGCUACAACAAUAUAGCCAUUUUCAUGUCUGUUGAAAUUUAGUCUGUAAACACCAGAUUUGGUGCAAUCUUUUCUUGCAAUUCAAGCUGCAAUUUCAGUUUUGAUCUUGCAGUGCAAAAUUGCAUUAUUAAUGAGAAUUGUCGUAUUGAUUCGAGUACCAA